AUGGACACGUGCGGUCGCUCACUACAAGCGCGCGCGUGCAGCGGUUGCCCAACUCUAACAUCGAAAAAUGAGUCCUGGGUAAGUUCAUUAUGUCAGCCAAAAGAUCGCGACAACAGUCGACACCCGAUCCAACAAGUACAGUACAGUAUUGUACCGCGCAAGAAGAACACUGAAUUCGCGACACAAACACACACCAUCAUGUUAUCGAUAAAGAACGAUGGAACAUACACGACCCAUGGAAAAACACAUACGAUAGCCCGAUAUGCCAUGUUCUGUCAUUUGGAACGCCUACAGAGCCGCAGUAAUCUUGUGGAGGGACCACCCAGCUUCAGAGACAUUCCAGCGAGACUGAAUGAGGCCCAGCGACUGGCUUGGAACAACAAAGAUUCGUCGCGACCUCUCGACAACCAGCAGGAGCAGCUCGUGAAGGAAUUCAAGUUCAUCUGCGCACCGAUGAUCUGCGAGACUCUGCUGCUCAAUGGGCGCUACAAAAAUCUGCAAACAGCAAUCUUGGAUUACACCAUGGACGAGUGGCUGGACGCAAUAUACCAGACUCUGUCAAGGGUGAUUCCCUGGUGGUUUUACUACAAGCACAACAUUUUUGAGAUCUCACCGGGCGCCAAGAUCAACCAUGUGCGUCUCAUUUGGCUGUAUACAUGUAUUGGGCCUCGCAAUGGCAUUCAGGAAGAGAACCAUUUGGAUUCCAUCGCAAAAUGCGACUUGGUGGAGCUGGCGUCCGAGAUUGACUCGUCUCCGCCCAUCACUCCCACGGAUAGAUCGACUGAAAAGUUUGUCAACUCCCUUCUACAGGUCUUGGAAAAGAAGGUACCCAAUGGGUAUUUGCAUACUCUGUUCCAGCCAAAUUUAGUGAGAGUCAUUCUGGAGUAUUUUGGAUUCACGUCGUGUCUGGAUUUAAGGUGGUUCUUCGAAGUGUUCCGAGACCGUGAAUCUGAGCUUACAAAGUGGAUCAACAUGGAGCAGGGGGUUUUAUGUCCUCGAGGACGAGCGAGGUCAAUCCCAAAAAACAUGAUGCCUCACGACAUUGCCACCACAUUUAACGGUCUCACAGCAGCCUUCAUGGGACAGAAAGCCUAUGUGCAUGACCGGGACUUGUCGUUACCGCAAUGUCUAGAAAAAUACGGUGUUCUGAACGACUACUACACCGCAGAGCAAUUGGAAGCACUCCAUGAAUACGUCAGAGCAACAUCGAAUUAUGUUCUACACCAUCUUCGAGAAGACCAAGUUGAAGAAGCAGUCGAAAUGAUGCUGCAAGAUCUUGAGUGUCACCCGCACUUGACAUUCUCACUCAAAUUAAUGAAGAGUGCCCGUGUAUUCUCCUUAUCACACCUGACUCGAGUAGUCAUGGGGCAUUUGAGAUACGUGGAAGUCCGUUUGGAGUUCUGGCAAAGUCGUACCACCGACGGGGAAGUCGUCACCAAGCCUGAUCUCUCCUGCGUCUUUAUUGUGCCUAAUACAGGGGACCCAAUCGAAAUUGAUUCCGAAAACGAGCAGGACCUAGCUCCUCCUCCCCUUCCCCCAGCCCUUAUUCAAUACGAAGACAACUCGUCGAAAUCGCACGAGAUUGCCAAAAGAAAUGCCCAAAAGUGGAUAGUGGCAUCAACUAACGCAGUAACAGACUAUCUCAAAACCUUUGAGAUGUUGCGAGACACAAAGCUGUGUCGUAAUUGUCUGUUUAGUCGCCGAUUCCACUUCAAUGUUGGCCGUAUUGCUCACGAUACGGCGAAAUGCUCGUUCCCGAACCUCUGGUUCGCCAUGAGAGACUCGGGGCUGGAUUCGGUAGACUUUGAUUUGACACCAUCAGAGAGCUUGAACAAGAAGAGUCUAUACCAGAUGGACAAGAUAAGACAGGACUGGCUUCGUGCCUCGGAGAAGGAACGACGUGCGUUUGAAGAGAUGGGUACCCAGAUGCCCACAGACAGUUGUAACAACUGUCUGUUUCACGACCGAGACGCCGGAGGAGGGUUUGCUAUCAUGCACAAAACUGAGGCAUGCAGAUACCCGAAUCUUUACCAGCGGUUAUUCGACAAGGAGGCAUAUCCUUGGGAUCCCAUAUCGCGAUGA